GCAUACGCCAACCCACGAGGGGAGUUCGCUGGAAUUUGUUGUUUUAAUACAUCGUGCAACGAGGCAAGCUGGACUCUGACAAAGCGUAAUAAUCGCUCUUCGUCUGAAGCCCUCGCGCAACCAGUACUCAUUGCUUCUCCCAUUUGCAGCUACAUAUAAAUAGGUAAUCGUGGGUCAAUCUUAGCAGCGCUGCAUUCCGGGGCCAUCAUCAGCACACGAUGGCCUCCGCGCCGAGCCUGGCAUCCCGCUUUAGCUUCACCAAUCUGAAGGCUGGGCUAAAGAAAUACGGAAAGGCCGGAAUCUACACCUACUUCGGCCUGUCAACCUGCGUCACCGCAAGCUUCUACGUCGCAAUCGAGAGCCACGUUGAUGUGCGGAGUAUACUGGGGUUGAAGAAAGCGUCGGACGAGCAAGAGGAGGGCAAGGAGCCAUCCUUUGUGGAGCGCUUCCUCAUCGGCAAGGGCUCGAACCUGGCCCUCGCCAUCCUGUGCUCCAAAAUGCUCAUCCCCAUCAAGGUGCCCGCGGCGAUGGCGCUGACCCCCUACGUGCAACGAGUGCUGGACAAGUUUGUGACGAAGGUUCCAAAAGUGGCGCGGCCGUAAGAAGGAGAGCAGCAUGGGCUGAGGAAGGCUUGCGGCGCCAGGCAACCGCACAUCAGGGGAGAUAGCCAUGCAACGGCGGCCUAGCCAAAAAUGCAUCAGUGAAUCGCCGCUUCGGGCGCUCACAGCACUGUUUUGUGUGGCAACUAUGCAAAGACAAGAACUGCUUUACUAGGUAGGCUUUGCGGCUGCUCUAUGAGAUAGAGAGACUCAACGGCGCUGGUCGUGCUACGGCGCGCAUGUGGACAAGGGGACUUGGAUGCGUUUCGCGUGGGGGCUGUUUCGGAUGGCGUAUCGGGCUUCCGGCCGCGGUCAUAUGGACACGGCGUUGAGCAGUUGCAUUUGGUGAGCGCACACCGUCGAGGUGUUGAUAGGGGUCUACCAGGAUGACCUACGUGCAUGGACCACAUGUGAGCUGGCGAUGAUGGGGCUGCGCUUUGGUGUCCUUGUCAUGGGAAGCUGCGCCUGUUCAUUAUCUUUUGUUCCUUACACAGGUUAUGUAGAGUGUUCAGCUGUAAGAAUGGCUUGACUUGGUCGACGAAACAGUAUUAACUUCACCGCCGACGCCUUUGCGUUGCCGCGGCCGCGGUUCUUGUAGUAUCAGAUACGAU